AUGGAUCGACAAUACUGGCGAGUUAUUGCACCUGGCCGAAAAGAGGUAACAGGGUGUAUCGGUGAGCUGGUUGAGGCUUUACUAUCAAGUGGCGCUGCCAAUCUUGUACCCCUGCUAGCCCGCCCGUUGAAUGCCCAUAGGUUCGAAAAUGUCGAAGUAAUCCCAGGAGAGAAUGUUGAAGACGAAAAGGAGAGAGGCUGUACCCGGCGAACACAAACAAGAAGCCUAUCGCAAAGCCAUCUAACUGAAACGAACCGAAUCGAACAACACCAUGCAAUCUUGAAAGUCAAUCCUGGCAUUGAUAAUAACCUUAAAUCCUUCCCAUGUCUUCCCUCGGAGAUUCACCAUGCCAUCUUCAACAACAUUGACGAUGUCCAAGAUGUUUUGUGCCUAAGUCUCACGAGUCGAUACUUCUGGGCUGUCGGGCUAAGCCACAUCGAAGAUCAUAUCGUCUCCUCUUUAGCUCCAUGGGCAGGCGAGCGCAUCAUAUGUGUGAGUGAACGUAGUGAUCCACGCGAUUUCCCACCCGGUCUUCUCAGCCCAGCCGAACAAGAAGACUUGAUUGAGUUGAACCACGUCCAUGAUCUUAACAACUUCUCAAUAAAACAUAAAUGGAAGAAAACUGGGGGUCCAUCAUUAUCACAGAGGCUUCAAGAAUGGUUCAAGGAAUAUGAAGCAAAGCACCCGAUGUCGAAUGCCGACCGUAUCGAAAUCAGCACAGGGCUGAAGCCGGAGAUUCUGGAGUUUUAUCCCCGUAAUCAGCCGUGGGUUCUGCGAAAUCUGACAACAAAGGAAUAUGUUCGUGGUGAGGCUCUUGCUCUGAAGGACUUGUUCAUACACGGUCCUCAUAUUGACGUGAUUGGAUUCUCGGAGGUUUUGCUAUCUCGCAUUUCGUGGUCAAGUCAGCCUGUGGAAGUUGGUCAUGGGAAAAACAUGGCCCAUGGGAAGUGGGCGGGUCAUCGAUUCGAAAUUACUCCUCUGGCAACGCUCAAGAAAGAGAGUGAUAGCGCUCAGUGGGUUGAUGUUAGUGAUGAGCUAUUUCGAGAGUUAGACGUUAUCGUGACAAGUCAGAGAGGAGACGAUUGGCGUGAUCAUCUUUCUCGGCGGAACCAGGAGGUUCCUGCUCCUGUAGCAUUGGGAUAUUCAUAA